GUUCCCGACCUAACUCAAAAAUACUCUCACCAACCCCAUUCUUUUUCCCCUUCUUUGUUUUUAUAUUCUGAUCGAUCAAACCAAGAAAAGCUCUUUCAUAUUUCCCCCGACCCAAACAAAAAAAAUGGCAACCAUUUCGAACCUCGCUAAUCUCACCCGUGCCUCUUGUGUCGACUCCAAAUCUUCCUCUUCUUCAUAUUCAGCUUCUGUCUUGCCCAGAUCCUCCAUCAGUUUCCGCACUUUGAACGCAAAGCUUUCAUCUUCUCACCUUUCCCUUCGUUAUAAUCAACAAUCCAGACCUUCCCUCUUUGUGAAGUGUUCAGUCUCUGGUGGAAAUGGAACUGCUGGAAAAAGAACGACCCUUCACGAUCUAUACGAGAAGGAAGGUCAGAGUCCUUGGUAUGAUAAUCUGUGCCGUCCAGUCACAGAUCUUCUCCCGUUGAUUGCUCGUGGUGUUAGAGGCGUUACUAGCAACCCUGCUAUCUUCCAGAAAGCCAUUUCCACUUCAAAUGCUUAUAAUGAUCAGUUCAGGACACUUGUGGAAUCCGGAAAGGACAUCGAAAGCGCGUAUUGGGAACUUGUUGUGAAGGAUAUUCAGGAUGCGUGCAAACUUUUUGAGUCAAUCUAUGAUCAGACAGAUGGUGCGGAUGGCUAUGUCUCUGUUGAAGUUUCACCUAGGCUUGCUGAUGAUACCCAAGGGACUGUUGAAGCUGCUAAAUAUCUUCAAAAGGUUGUGGACCGUCGUAACGUCUACAUUAAAAUUCCUGCUACUGCUCCAUGUAUUCCUUCCAUCAGGGAUGUCAUUGCAUCGGGAAUAAGUGUCAAUGUCACGCUUAUAUUCUCAAUCGCCAGAUAUGAAGCAGUGAUCGAUGCAUAUUUGGAUGGCCUCGAGGCGUCUGGACUUGAUGACCUCUCGAGAGUUACCAGUGUUGCUUCCUUCUUUGUCAGUCGGGUGGAUACUCUCAUGGACAAGAUGCUUGAGCAAAUUGGUACGCCAGAAGCCCUAGAUCUCCGUGGCAAGGCGGCUGUGGCUCAAGCUGCAUUAGCAUACAAGCUGUACCAGAAGAAAUUUUCAGGCCCAAGAUGGGAAGCUUUAGUUAAGAAAGGUGCCAAGAAGCAGAGGCUUCUCUGGGCAUCGACAAGUGUUAAGAACCCAGCUUAUUCCGACACCUUAUAUGUUGCUCCUCUCAUCGGACCUGACACCGUGUCAACCAUGCCGGAUCAAGCCCUGGAAGCAUUCGCAGAUCAUGGAAUCGUGAAGAGGACAAUAGAUGCGAAUGUAUCAGAAGCAGAAGGGAUUUACAGUGCACUAGAGAAGCUGGGAAUAGACUGGAACAAAGUAGGAGAUCAGUUGGAAGAUGAAGGAGUAGAUUCGUUCAAGAAGAGUUUCGAGAGUCUGCUCGGUACUCUGCAAGAGAAGGCCAACACUCUCAAACUAGCCAGCCAUUGAGGGAAAGAAAAACAGCCCUGAGUCAUCAUUUUGGGUUUUGGUGGGUAAUAAAAUAAAAGAAGAACCUUUGGCUUUUGUUCUUCAACCCUUUACGCUGUCAAAUGUUGUUAUAUAAAGGCUUUUGCUUGAUGUUUCCACAUUGUGUGAGCUCUUCUUCUGUCUUCUUUGUUCUUGCAUGAGGAUGCUUCAAAGGAUGUUAAUUAGUUUUUUUUACGGUAUUUGUAAGUUACAUUUUCACUAAAAACAAUUGGCACUGUCUUUGUCUUCUU